GAUACACUAACGCGACCGCAGAUAAUACUCUUUAAAGGAUCUUAAGACAUAGAGCAUAGCGUCAAUCAUCUUUAUCAGCAGAUAGCUACCAAUGCGUGGGACAGCAUCGGAGAUCUUGGUAACAUGGUGCAGCCAUUGUUUGGAGCUAUAGAGCCCGUCUAGCUGCAUUGGCAGAAAAUUGGGGUGCCGAGUUUUCUCGUUGUAGAAUACGCAAGUCCUGGAGUAAGGUGUGAUGUCCAAGAUAAGGCUGAUCCAUAUCUCACCUUGAGGCGUCCAUACAUACACCCUGAGGCACCAUGGUCCGACAUUCACUCGACUCAUCGCCCUCUCUCGAACUCGCACUCAAAGGAAGAAGAUGUCGACUAGUAAAACAGGGUAAGGAAAGAAGGCGGCAGCUGUAGGAGAAAAAAGAGAAAAAAGAGCUUGGCCAGUUGAAGACACCGCCGAGUUUCUGAAUCUCAUAAAGGCUCACCAGAAGUUAGGUGGCCCAAAGAUGUCCUUCAAGAACGAUUUCUGGACUAUGAUAGCCCAAGAAAUGGAGACGCAUACAAUGAAGGGCUCUCGAAAGAGUGCCCGGGCGCGCAAGGAUAAAUGGAACAAGCUCAAGGCCGAUUUCAAGAACAUUAGUUACCUCAAGUUGGCAUCUGGGUUCACUUACAGUGAAAAGAAGGAUGUGGAUGUAAACAAGGCAUCUCAGGUUGUUUGGGACAAUGCCGUCCAGGAUGUGAUGCCUGAGCAUGCAACAGGUGCGCAUGCCUUCUGGGCUUCUCAGAGUGUUGUAGGAGGCACAGUCAGCAAUGAGGAAAAUGACGGCGAGAUUGAGGGCGAUAGUGACGAGGAAGCUGCCAUGAAUGUCAAUACGACGGGGAAGGACUCACCAGCAACUGUUUGUACUAAUGAAGUUACCAUAGUUCCUAUCCAUACUUCCAAUCAAUCCAUUAAAUCCAUUACAGCCCGCCCUCCUAUUAGUUCAGCUUCAAACAUAUCUGGUGGGAAGAGAAGGUUUAUGUUGGUAGAGGGUUUUGCAAUGGCAGAGUCAGUAGUAACUGGCACAUCCCGUUCAGAAUCUGCUCGUCUAUCUGGUGCAGCCACUCUCAAUGGUCUCAAGGAGUAG